AUGACGUCAUCCUCCAGAGAUGCCCCAGUGCGUCGUGACCUGACUUGGCCCCGCCCACCCGGGUCACCUUCACGCGCCUUCCCAAUUCUCGGUCUUUCACUGAAUCAUGUUCUCUGCUCCCUUGGCUAUUCCGGGCACUACUAUGGCCUCUCGGGAAUAUUUCACGCCCUCACGCCCAUCAUCCAACACCACCACGCCCACUCCCCACGCCCUUUUCCUAUCGUGGGAUAUAUAAAAGGAUGGUGUGGUCGCUUGGGCACACCAUUAACCAUCCUGGCACCAUACGGAGGCCAAUAUGAAGGUAGGCUUUGCAAUCUACAAGCAGUGGCACCUUGGACCCUCCUACUACUCGUGGCUGCAGUCUCUUCUGUGGCUGCCGAUACAACAAAGGCUAAUAAGACCCCAGGCGACCUCCUCGCCCGUUCCCGGCCUCCGUACAGAAUCCCCCCUGCACACAGACCCCCUAUUACACACAGACCCAAGCCAUAUCGUAGGACGCCAAUCCUUCAUAAUUCUACGCAGUACGAUCGGAAGCACCCAUCUCAUCAUUCGUCCCAGGCAACCAAUAGAGCUCAAAGGAACUCGAAAUUAGCUCGUAAAAGAUAUCCAUUUCCCAUGCAUCAAGGGCAAAAUUCAGAUCUCCUUAGUAAUUCCCACCAACUGGAGCCGGUGUUCGCAGCUCAGAAUCCCACACAUACCUUCGAUUACUCUGUCAAGGACGACUAUUCCGGCAACGACUUCGGCCACCAGGAGUCUCGCGACGGCGACGACACCCACGGGUCGUACUACGUGCAGCUCCCCGACGGCCGCCUGCAGAAGGUCACCUACUACGUGGAUGGCGACUCCGGCUACAGGGCUGAGGUCACAUACGAAGGGGAGGCUGUCUAUGCUUCCUACCAACACAAUGAGAACCCUGGCCGCCUAGUCAAUGCUCAAGAUACUUACAAACCUCAGUUGACUUAUAAACUACGACCUACUUACAAACCUCAAAUGACUUAUAAAUUUCGGCCUACUUUCAAACCUCAAAGGACUUACAAACUACGGACUACUUACAAGCCUCGGCCCUUUCACAAAGCAGAGACAAGUCACAACAUUCAGCCCACUUAUGCGCCUACUACGAAAAUUCGCCCCGCCGACCCAUCCACUAAGAAACCUAAGCUCACUUAUCUACCCACAACGAGGCCCCAUUCUACCUAUCUACCUACUAAGAAAACCCAGUCUACAUAUCUCCCUACUACUAAGCCUCAGACCAAAUACCUACCCACUAAGAAAUCUCAACCCACUUAUCUACCCACAAAGAGACCUCAAUCUACCAGUCUACCUACUAAGAAACCUCAGUCCACUUAUCUACCUACUAAGAAGCCUCAAUCUUCUUAUCUACCCACUAGAAAAACUUACCUGCCUACAUCGAAACCGCAGUCCAUUUCUCUGCCAGCUUCGAAACCCCAUGCUACUUAUCUACCCACUAGGAGGUCCCACCCCCUGUCUACUACAGAUCUCCAAGCCACUUAUUUGCUAACUGCGAAACCUCGGUCAACCUACCAACCCGCUAAGAGACCCAAACCUACUUACUUACCAACUGAAAGACCUCAACCUCCUCCUUUAUCGAGAGCUGAACCCAGACGUACUUAUCAAGCCUCUAAGAAACCUCAGACCACUUAUCAAACAACCAAGAAACCUCAGGCCACUUUUCAAAUCACCAAGAAACCUCAGGCCACUUACCUGAACACUGAAAAAACUCAAACCACUCACUUACCUCGGUCUACCGUCAGACCUCAGACACACCCCAAACCUGGACGUAAACCUUUGUUUAUCAAGAGCCCCGAGACCACUGACGAAAUACAGCUCUCUGGUAGACCUAUUGAGAAUCCUGUCUAUGUACCUGUGACGACAUAUAGGCCUGUUGUUCCUUAUAAACCUAACUGA